AUGCCUCCCAAGUUCGACCCCAAUGAGGUGAAGAUCAUCCACCUGAGAGUGACUGGUGGUGAGGUCGGUGCCCAGUCUGCUCUGGCCCCCAAGAUUGGUCCUCUCGGUCUGUCCCCCAAGAAGAUUGGUGAAGAUAUCGCCAAGAACACUGGUGACUGGAAGGGUCUCCGUGUCACCGUCCGCCUGACCAUCCAGAACCGUCAGGCCGCUGUCUCCGUUGUUCCCUCCGCCUCUUCCCUGGUCAUCAAGGCCCUCAAGGAGCCUCCCCGUGACCGCAAGAAGGAGAAGAACAUCAAGCACAGCAAGUCCAUCCCUCUGGACGAGAUCAUCGAGAUCGCCCGCAAGAUGCGCCACCGCUCUCUUGCUAAGGAGCUCAAGGGUACCGUCCUUGAGAUCCUCGGUACCGCUUUCUCUGUCGGUUGCCAGGUCGAUGGCCGCAGCCCCAAGGACGUCUCCGACGACGUCAAGGCUGGCGAGAUCGACAUCCCCUCCGAGUAA